GUGAACGCAGCACAAAACGACAGCAGUCAGAGGUGAAAAGUCUGGAUCAUGUUGUCAUUCCAGCGGAGCUAUACUUGAAUGACAAAAGGACCUUGAUAAACAAGGAGGUUAGCUGAGCACACCGAGGUUCAGUCCACAUAGGGAAGACAUUAAUGUCGUUUUCAACCAGCCAGCUAGCAAAAGCUGAAAUUUGUUAGCUAGCUAACGGAGGACCCCCGUUAGCUAACCGCCACCAUCAUCGCUCCUAGCCAGCUGUGGAUCGCCCUGUCUUCCUGCCAUGGGAAACGCAGCAACUGCCAAGAAAGGCAAUGAACAAGAAAGCGGGAAAGGAGCAAUCCUUGGCCAGCCGUUUUUUCCAUAAAUACUGUAAGGGUAGCCAAGAGAACAAAGUACAGGAGAGUGAAGUUCCUCAUAUCUCUGACCUCACCAUCAUGUGGGAUAAGUCCAUGAAAGAGUUCUUAGCUAAAGCCAAAGAAGACUUCUUAAGAAAAUGGGAGUGUCCACCCCAGUGCACAACAAGCCUGGAUGACUUUGAAAGGUUCAAGACUCUGGGGACCGGAUCAUUUGGACGAGUAAUGCUUGUGAAACAUAAAGCAACGAACCAGUUCUAUGCCAUGAAGAUCCUGGACAAGCAAAAGGUGGUGAAAUUGAAGCAGAUAGAACACACACUAAAUGAAAAAAGAAUACUACAGGCCGUCUCCUUCCCCUUCCUCGUCAGAUUGGUGUACGCUUUCAAGGACAACUCAAACCUCUACAUGGUGAUGGAGUAUGUGCCUGGUGGAGAAAUGUUCUCACACCUCAGACGCACUGGGAGGUUCAGUGAACAACAUGCACGAUUUUAUGCAGCUCAGAUAGUACUCACCUUUGAGUACCUUCACUCCUUAGACCUCAUCUACAGAGACCUGAAGCCUGAAAACCUGCUCAUAGAUCAGCAUGGGUAUAUCCAGGUCACAGACUUUGGCUUUGCCAAAAGAGUAAAAGGCAGGACCUGGACAUUGUGUGGAACUCCUGAGUACCUGGCUCCAGAGAUCAUCCUCAGUAAGGGCUACAACAAAGCUGUGGACUGGUGGGCACUUGGAGUUCUUAUCUACGAGAUGGCUGCUGGUUACCCUCCUUUUUUUGCUGAUCAGCCUAUCCAGAUUUAUGAAAAAAUUGUUUCUGGCAAGGUACGAUUUCCCUCUCACUUUAGCUCCGACCUCAAGGAUCUGCUGAGGAACCUGCUUCAGGUUGACCUGACAAAGAGAUUCGGCAACCUGAAGAACGGUGUGAACGACAUAAAGAAUCACAAGUGGUUCUCCACAACAGACUGGAUUGCCAUUUAUGAGCGAAAGGUUGAAGCACCCUUCUUGCCAAAGUGCAGAGGACCAGGAGACACAAGCAACUUCGACGACUAUGAAGAGGAGGAGAUCCGUGUGUCACAAACAGAAAAGUGUGCAAAAGAGUUUGCUGACUUCUAGUGAACGAGCAGGAGUCCCAUCAGGGCUCUUGUGUUUUGGGAUAUUUGCACUCCAAUGAGGGUUAAGGUGGAACUGAGGCCAUCACGUGCCCAAAAUAAAUGCCUAGUUCCUUCAGUCCACACAGCCGAAUGAGCUCCUUUUUUGCCAUGAUCCUGCGUGCUGUUAGCACUAUCUAUACACAGGCACAUUAUGCAGACAUCCUUCGUGCUGCAACACAAAGUACUAGACCACGUUCCCAUUGUGUUUUUGUUUUUUUUUACCUUGUUUUCUAUGUUUUGCCACUGUUAAGUGUCCUAUCUUCCCUUAUUUAACUUCUUAUUUGAAAAGCAACUUGAAAGUGAAUAUUAAUCUUAUUUUGAAGCAGCUAGCUGGUGUUGCACAUGAUGUGUGAUUUUAGGCUUUGGAUAACUAAGGGACAUUUUUGGGUGCAGGGAGAGCUUAAAUUCCUGAUAGUACAUUGGCUGUUAUGCGUUGUCUGUUACAUGCCUACGUUUCCUGUAGGGUUCACUUUAGUAUUCCUUAACCCUCCAACACCGGGGCGAUUGCCGCCGAUUCACCCGUUACCUGCCCUGACUUGCCGUGAACAGUUGGCUAAUACAGAGCGUAUCACCGCUGAGACGUCAGAUCAAAAGUACUUUGAAUUACCGUAAUUACAUGACCGUUUGUCCUAUUGGAAAAAUUCAAACAGUUUCUGAAAGCUGGGAAAUUGCACUUCACACCCAGCAUGGGGUUAUUACAAUAAUUGUUGCUGAAAGUUCGCGACCGGCAGGACAUUUGAAGUACAUUCUGUUGCCGACGACAGGUUUGGUAUUAAAGGGUUAAUCAGAAAUGCUUAAAGUUAACCUAAAGCUAAAGCCAGGAUUUGAAACUAGACAGCACCUCCUGCUGCUGCUGCAAAUGCAAACUUUUGGCUUCAUGUAAGAUUCAAACCCAACUCUGCAAGGUGAAAAUUAUAUUUCUAACCCAUUUGUCUUUGUUUCUGUGCUGGUUCUUCUUACUUUUUCUACUACUUUAUAUUAUUCACCUGAUGUAGUCUGAAAGACUUGUCACAGGCCAAAAUCUCAUGUCAUGUGUUAUAUUUUCUAAAACUUGAGUGGGUUUUAGAGGCCUAGUGGAGAUGCAGUAAUAAAGCUCUCUCUCAAACCAUUUGAAACAAAAUAUGCUGAAAGGCUAAUAUUGAUUUUUCUUUUUACUUUUUGCCCAAAAAAUGUCAAAAACAUGUUGGCUAUCUGAGCUUUAAAUAUUAAUCAUUAUUUAUCAUUCUGGUUCCCUUAAGACUUGAAAUCAUGUGUUUGUGCGUAUCGGCUUGAUUUUUAAAAGACCCUGUUUUGUUAAGGCAUGACUAAAAUUCCGUGAAGGAAAAGAAACAGUGACGGCUUCUUGAAGUUUCUCAGUUUUAGCGCUCUCAAAGAGAUGGCUCGAUGUUGACAAGUGUUAUUACGAAGCAGAAACUUGUCAGGGUUGUGCUAGCUGAUCAACUGUAGCAUUGUUUAUCCAGAUCUGGUCACAGGACGUUUCCUUUUUACCUCAGUCUUGGUGUGCUAUUAGCAUAAUGGAAUGAAGUAAUGUUUUUUUUUCUUUUACAACUAUGUUUAACAAGAAAGGAAACUUUGAAAAUUUGAGUAUAUCACUGUGCACAGCACAUCACUUGUUUUUGGUGCAUCCAAAGUGCAUCUAUAUAAUAUUCUCCAGUAAGUGGAAGGUCAGAUGGGUUUAUUAUCUUGAGGUUUUAUCAUGAACAGGAAGCACUGUUGGUCAUAUUUGGGUUGCUGUUUUUUUUUUGUUGCUGUUGUUGUUUUUUAACUGCUGUGUUUUGAGCAGAACAAUCGUAAGAUGUUGUGUAACUGCCAUAUUUGUUUGUCAUUUUUACUUUUGCAUGUUUUUUAUGUUUGUUCAGAACUGUCACAACUUGAUAGCAUCCUACAAAUGUUCCCACUUGAUGUUUGUCACCUUUAAAUUGUUUCAUAGCCUCGGACAUUGACACAGUAGACGAGUAACUUCAUUACGAGUAAAUAAAGAAACAAAACGUCGAACUGUGAACAGAAAACUGAAAUAUCAUAACCUUAAAGUAUUCAUUUAACCCAGCCACUUCUGCAGCUGUAGCCUGCAGUUUUUUGUUUUUUUUAAACAUUUUCUAACAGUUUGCAUGCUUUAAUGGGACAAUAGUAAGAGAACACAACUGACAAAAAUCAUGAUUUUCAAAGGAAGACUUGGAUUUUUUUGUGUGUGUAAGUUAGUCCUGUUAAUUAUUGUUUAUUCAUAUUUCGUAGAGAUUUAUGAGGGACUUUUGAGCACAUCAUGACUCAUUAAUUCUCACACAUUGCCUGUCUCUGUUCUAAAAACUUCUCUCCGGUUACAGGUUGACAUAUCUAAAAAAAUUUGCGUGUCAGACGUUGACUUUUUCCUGACUUUUCUUUGUUCCAGAAAAAUCAGAAAAGUUCUGGGUUGUUUUUUUUUCUUUUGAACAGGGAUGUCCCCGCUGUCCACAGUGGGGUAAGAGUUUGAGCUAAUUUUUUAAUGGUUGGACCCCCUGUGGAGAAAUCAAGUUUUACAUUUCACACUGUGUCAGAAACAGUAAUGCACUGUUAACAGUCUUUCAGUUUAAGUCUUCAGAAGUGUUGCCGUUAUUUGACAUAAUGCUGAAGUAUUUGUAUGUGAGGAAAAUGCAGUUUAAACAAGUUCAACAAUCUUGGAAACCAAAUGUGAAAAAGGUUUGCGGACUGAAUGCUAUUUUGUAGCAUUUUGUGCAUUAAUAUUGGCUACACAUGAACUGAAACUUUUUUUCUUAAUUGACUGAGCCCACCAUGUGACGUUUUUUAUUUGCCUCUUUUUUCAUUUCCAAGACAGAAUUGUUUCUUCUGCUAUUUUAUUUAUAUUCAUGUUUAAAUGUUUAAACGUAUAUGGUUCUUAUUAUACAAAAGACUCCAAAUGUUUUAUUUGCAAAAAUUUAAAUAUAUUGAAAAGUUUUGUUUGUACAACUUUUAAUUUGCCCUGUUAAGAGUAACGUUUAUGUACACUGACACCUUAAAUGCCUAUUUAAAAUUGUAGCCUUUUGUUUUAACUUAUUUGUUUUCAUUUUUGUUGCUUUUUUUCUGCUUUCUGUCUUUUGUUUUUAAGAAAUCAGAUUUACCAAAAAGAAUCCAAAGUGAUUUUCCCAGAUUAAAAUGUGAUCAGGAUUUAAUUGCAAAAUUAGGAUAAUUAUUAUUUGGAUUGAUUUUUGAAAACUACAGUCCAAACACCCUGUGUGUUCGUAAAUCUUCCCAGAAACUUUGUAAGAAAUCCACAUCUUUCCAUAUGUAUCCUUUAUUGUCCCAUGUGUGUAAUCUUGGUCAGAUUUCAUGUAAAUGAUGGCACUUUUUUCCUGAACCACCUCACGCUCCUGACUGAAGGAAAUCAGUUUAUGAGUUCUCUGUAGCUAGUCACAUGUGCCAGUAUGGGAUCAAUAAUCUGAAAUGUGUCUCUAUUUAGUUUGUGGAAUUUUUGCACAUCAUUUAGACGGCUGACACGUUUUUCCCACUCAUAUAUAUUUGUGUUUGCAAGGGGAAUAUACUUUGCUGUAGCAGAUUUUAUGUAACAAAGGGUAUCUCACUAUAAUAAAUUCUUUUUAUUAAAAAGUA